AUGGACCGAGCUGAGGUGCAGGGCCUGAUAGUGCUGAGCAGCAACGCUAGCUACUACCUGAAACCCCUGGGGACCCCCGAGCCAGGCCACCACGUCAUCCACCGAGCAGAGCACUUGCCCAUCCGAGGUGGGACCUGCGGCCACGGCGAUGAUUUUGGGAGCACCAUUGCUGACAUCGCUCGGCUCUUCCAGCCAAUGCACCACCGGGUGAAGAGAGAUGCCUGGAGGACCAUGAAGUACAUGGAGCUCUUCAUUGUUGCCGAUCACACACUGUACAGGAACCAGAACCUCAACCUGGGCCACACCAAGCAGCGCAUCGUGGAGAUCGCAAACUACGUGGACAAGUUUUACAGGUCGCUGAAUAUCAAGGUGGCCCUGAUCGGCCUGGAGGUGUGGACGGAGCGGGACCAGUGCGCCGUCACCAGCGACGCCAACGCCACGCUCUGGUCCUUCCUGCAGUGGAAGAAGGUGCUGAGGUCACGCAAGAAGCACGACAAUGCUCAGCUGCUGACAGGGAAGACAUUCAGGGGGACAACCAUUGGCAUGGCCCCGCUGGAGGGGAUGUGCAGCGCGGAUAACUCCGGAGGUGUCAGCAUGGACCACUCGGAGCAGCCCAUCGGAGCAGCCGCCACUAUGGCCCACGAAAUCGGCCACAAUUUCGGCAUGAGCCACGACAGCACGGGCUGCUGCGUGGAGGCCACCCCGGAGCAAGGCGGCUGUGUCAUGGCAGCGGCCACUGGACAUCCCUUCCCUCGCGUGUUCAGCUCCUGCAGCAAGAGGCAGCUGGAGAACUACUUCCAGAAGGGAGGUGGCAUGUGUCUCUUCAACCUGCCCGACACCAAGGACCUGGUGGUGGGACGGAAAUGUGGCAAUGGCUUUCUGGAGGAAGGAGAAGACUGUGACUGCGGGGAGGUGGAGGAGUGCACCAACCCGUGCUGCAAUGCACACAACUGCACGCUGAAGCUGCGUGCCUGGCCGGCCCCGGACGCCUGUUUCCAGGACGUGAACAUGGCUGGCAACACCUACGGCAACUGCGGCAAGGACAGCCAAGGGCGAUAUGUGAAAUGUGACAAGAGGGAUGCUAUGUGUGGCAAGAUCCAGUGCCAGAGCUCAGCUAAGAAGCCCCAGGGGACCAACACUGUCUCCAUCGACACCACCAUCCGCUUCAAUGGGCGGGAGGUGAAGUGCCGAGGCACCUACAUGUACACCGCAAAGGACGAUGAGGAAGACCUCUCUGACCCUGGGCUGGUGAUGACGGGGACAAAAUGCGGAGAUGGGAUGGUUUGCAAAGAUCGCCGGUGCCAGAAUGCCUCCCUUUUUGAGCUGGAAAAGUGCGUUUCGCGGUGCAACGGCCAUGGGGUCUGCAACAGCAACAAGAACUGCCACUGCGAUGCCGGCUGGGCUCCCCCCUACUGCGAGAAGCCGGGCUUGGGUGGCAGCGUGGACAGUGGCCCUGUGCAGCGUGACAGUGAGUCGUGACUUCUCAUCNNNNUUCUGCUCAUCUUCCUGCUCUUCCUCCCGGCCGUGAUGAUGAGCAUCUACUUUUGGUACCGGCGGGAGAACUCACUCCUGAAUAAAUGGAUAAAGGAGAUGAGGAGAAGGAGCCAGGAGACAUAUAGGAACAAAACCAUCAGUCGGAAGUCAACCGGUGGCCAUCCCAAAGCUGCUUUCACCUUGCGGAACAUUUCCACCUCCAGCCACACUAAUAAAGCAACACGGGCUGCGUUCCCCACCAAACCCAGCGCUCACCAGCCUGGCUCUCAGCCUGUCAACGUUGUCCAUCCUCUUCGCCCGCCUCCCCACUCCAUCCCUCCGCGCCCAAGAGACCCCAAGCCUGCCAGGCCACCUCCACCAGUCAGCAAAUCGCCCAUGGUCCCCACCAAAAAGGUCGUCUCCCAGGCUAAGCUGCCGCCUCCAAAGAAACCUCUUCCCUGCAGCCCUGUGAGGACCCCGCUGGUCAUCCCAAAGCACCAGCCCCCCCGUCGGCCACUGCCUGGAAGUCCUCUUCUGGCCAAAGAACUGCCUCCUGCACAUGGACAGACCCUGCUGGUCAUGGUCCCUCCUACCAACUUCAAGGUGUCGGGUACAAGUGCCAUGAGCCACCCCACAAGGCCAUUAAAGCCGAUGCCGCCUCAAAGGCCAGUCCCAGCCAUCAAAGUCCAAUCAACCUCCUUCCCCUUGAAGAAGUGACAAACCAAGGACACCUUAAGCCCAUCC